UCAAAAUGGCGGACAGUAUACACAAUCAAGUCCAUUGCAGACUGCCGUCGAAUUAGGAAGGAUACGAGACCGUUCCUCGAACGAGGACUGUCGUUGGAUGGUUUCUGCCUGCUUCAAUUAUUGGAGAUUAAAUAUAAACUUGGCUAGCAUUCGGAUGGAUCUGAAAUCUUGAGGUGGCACAACCCCUUCUUCUCUCUUUGCAAUUAUGCAGAAGUGUUUGGACGAAACAUCCUGUGGAUCUCUUUGUCAGCAUCCAAGUUGUUGGGCCUCCCAACAGCGCCAAGAAAAAGGAAUUCCUCGAGUUUUGCCCCCUAUACAAUUAGACUCCGAUUCCUCUGAUGAUGAAAUUUGCUUACCAACUCAAAGUGUUUGCAAUUUACUGUCCGAGUAUGGAGACAGUGGAAGUGACCGCUACCCUCUGUCAACCGGAGGACGGCCGUCGCACCAGUGGGACACGCCACUCCACUCAGCCACUAGGAGCGUCAAGUCUCUGGAUACUGGACUGAAGCUAGGCGUUCCUCACAACACCAAGACAAGUCUGCCCAGGACCAGGGGAUUCCACAAAAGAAACCCGAGACUGCGACUGGUAGAGGUACAGGAGGUGUUUGACCGAGAGGAUUUGGCUGGUCAGUGGGAGGAGACUUUUGUCACUCGGCCUUACUACGUGUGGAUGCCGAACCCUCAUCAGUCCAAGCUCUCUCACAGGGCAAGAGGUUCUCUCGGAAAGACAAAUCAUCCCGUACUCAUGAAAGAUCUGACCUCAACAAUGGUGCCCCCAGAGGUGGAGCAUCAACGCGAGGAAACUGUCUUAUUUGAUGAAUUUCCAGUACUCAAGAAAAGACAACUGCGCAGCAAGUCCCCUCCCAUGAAGCCGUUACACUACCUGAAGGCUCCUCAAGGAACGACAUCUGCGGAUAUCAGCAUCGAUUCUGAGGGAAUCAACGAACUCUUGUCUUUGCCAAGGGAGACACUGCUUAAAGUUCUUGAGCGCACAAAACGAAGUGAUUUCACAUCAAAAGGAAAACUCCACCGAAUCGUCCAGGAAUGUGUUGCUCGCGAUGAGCGUGCUCAAAUGGCUCUCAGCGCGCGAGAACUCCUGCAGCAGCGGCCCAUGCAGCUACACACGGAGCAGACACAGAGCUCUUUCCACCUGUCGCAGGGACAGCCCGUGUUCCAACUGGACGAAGCCGCAGCGCACCAGCCCCAGACCCCGCCGCAGAGCACCGGCGCGCCGAGUGACAUCGAGUCUCUGGACGACUUCCCGAACAGACGGCGGCCGCUUAUUCCGCUGUCAGGCGGGAGGGACAUGUACAACUCUGCCGACCUGGCCCCGUACCACCGAUUCAAACUUCCUGCCAUCUCCCUCGGCCUGCCGGAGCUUCCCAGUGGAGUGAAGACGACGAGACCCUUCUCUUACAAGAGGCAGGAUCUUGACUUCUCCUUAGGACCCGUGAUCUCCGCCCCGUCCAGUCACAGGAGCUCCAUCAGCGAGGGCUACUCCGAGAACGGUACCACCACAAUCAAGGUCAACCUGUCCUCCACUGGACCAAGGACACAGCUGGACGAGAUAGCCAUCCACUGCGUGUCCCCUGCCUUGUCCACCCACGUGCCUAUGGCCCCCGCCGGGACGCCCGCCAACUUCCAGUCGCCCACCAAGAGUGCGCCGCAGCUGCGAGAGUUCAAGGACAUGUCCCGCGACCCAACCUACUUAACGGUGAACACGUCGGAGAAGGCUCAGCCUCCGUCCAGGGAGCACAGGGAAGACACGCUGCUCUCCUCGCCUGGUCGUGCCGUACGGGCCAACACGCUGUCGCCGCUGGACGCACAGAGGCCUGUGACCUCGGAGGAACAAGGUCUAGACACUAUCCGGGAAACAGCCCGAGAGAACCAGGAUGACUCCGCGGCCUCAUCCCACCCACCGGUGACGGACCGGCCUCUGCUGAGCCCCGUGGCUCACUCGCCCCGGUCCCACACAGCUCAGGUCCACUCUCCUCAGCCCCCGUCUCCCUCAGCGGCGGCCAAUCAGAGAGAUGGGCAACGACCACAGCUCAAGCUGGAGGCUAGCACGCUGCGCAGCAUCGAUACAGGUCUGACCGUAGGAAGCCAGGCAGGGGUAAGGAAGAAGGCCUUGGUCGAGAUUAUGCCCGCAAAGUUCUGGAUGAAAAACGAAAGGCAGAAUCGCCCGCCCCUCCACCCCCCUCACCGGAACCUAAGGACCCGGCAGAGAGGGUAGAGCAGAGGGCACGCAGAGAUCUCAAGUCCAGAGACUCCCUGUCGAUGGCGCCCUUGAUGGAGGUCAGUGAGAUGGAGGAAUCGUCGCCGGUCCGGGCUCUGGACAGUCGAGGGAGAGACCACGGGGAGGGAGGACGUCAGGAGACAACCAGAAGGAUCCAUGUGACGGUGCCGAUGGAACACAGCGAUGAAAAGGACAGACAGACAGAGAGGAAGGCGGAGGAGGAGGAGGGAGAAGUUGUGUCUCAGGUGACCGUCCUCCACGUUGCCCCAAAAGGUCGCAAGGGUGAAGGUGCGUCGGAGAAAGUUCAAGAGACGUUCCUGAGUGUGGAUAUCCCUGCGGAGGAGUUAUCCAGUGUCCAGGCAGAGCACGGAUCAUCCAAGCAGGAUGACUUGUCCAGCGGCAAUCAGAAUUCUCAGAGCGGGGCUUCAGCGACGGCUGGCAGCCCCACCCCUAGGGCUCACGGGUCGGAGGUCAAAGGUGGGGAGGAGGAUGAGGAAGAGAAGGAACAAACCCAAUUGGGAGAGGAUGAAGAGACUGGCAUGCAAAUCGAGAGAGAUGGAUACAGAAGAGGGGAACAGGAUGAGCAAGGUGAGGCUGACGGCACUCUGUCUGCCAGGUUUCAGCUGAAAGAGAUGGGAAAUGAGGAGGAUAGCGAGUACAAGAAAGCCGACCGAGAGAGUCUGGACUCAGAUAUGUCCCCAGAGCUUCUGUGCGACAGCGCUCGCUUCAUUAGCCACGAUACAGUGUCCCCUGUCGAGGGAGAAAAUGACGAAGGGAGAGAAGACCUGGUCCGUCUACCAUUGGUUGAAGAGCAGGAAAGUACGUCUUUUCCUCCGGGGGAAACUGAGAGUAAAGACGAAGGCCAAGCUGGGAAUGAGGAAGACAAGUCACAAAUUCAGGACGAUGGAGAAAAUGGGAAGGGGAAUAAUAAUGAAGAAGAGGAAUCGCCUGACUUGCAGGCUCCUGGCAGUUUUUUCUUUGCAAAGUCGUCGUCUGAAGAAGAUUUGGCUCAGAAAGAUGAGGAGACUGGCGUGGUAGUUAAUGAAGGGGAGGGAGAGGACACUCCAGCAGUGGAAAGUAAGGAGCAAAAAGAUAUGGAGCAACAGAAUCGAAGCGUAGAGGGGAGAGAAAAUACAGAGUCGGAGUCGGAUUCACCUCAGGAAAAAGUACAAGCUCCACAAACUAAAGGUGCCCCUGGUGAUGGCGGCUCGUCAGAUCAAGUGACAUCAGAGCUGGUGGGAGACAUCGAUACAACAGAGGUGGCAGCGGAAGUGAGGAAAGUGGACACACAAAGCCCAGCUGAUGUCACUGUCCAAGAAAGUGUGAGCGAUGUGGCUGGUGAAGAUGACUCUAGCGAAAUGGUUGCUGAGGAAAAAGAUAAUGAUGCUACUGCAGAAAUAGAUCAGGCUGCAACUGCUCCACUUGGAGAGGGGGGUGAAGAAACUCAGCGAAAAAUAGGAAACAAUGUCGCUGUUGAUGAAGAGGGAGGAGGUGACGCAGUCCCUGGAAAAGAUGAAAGCAGCAGAGAAGAGGGAAAAGAUGCGUCUGAAGUGAAGGAACAACACGCUUCCUCUGUUGGUAGAGAUGGUGAUGUUGCUGAUGGCGGGGAGGGUCAGGCUGAAGUGUGUGGCAAAGACGAGGGAGACGAAGUUCCUGAAGAAGAGGGAGGCAAUGUUUCUAAAGAAGAGGGAGGCAAUGUUUCUAAAGAAGAGGGAGACGAAGUUCCUGAAGAAGAGGGAGACGAAGUUCCCGAAGAAGAGGGAGGCAAUGUUUCUAAAGUAGAGGGAGGCAAUGUUUCUAAAGAAGAGGGAGGCAAUGUUUCUAAAGAAGAGGGAGGCAAUGUUUCUAAAGAAGAGGGAGGCGAAGUUCCUAAAGACGAGGGAGAAGUUAAUGCUGAUGUGGAAGCUCCUGAAAACAGUGCUCCUCCGAAACAUGAGCAAAGUGAUGAACUUAAUGAGAAAGGAGAUGUCAAUGCGGAUGAGAAGGAAGAUGUUUUGAAUGAGGAUAAAAAGGACAUGGAAGAGACUGAAGAAAAGGGAAUGACAGAUAUUGUUCAAGGGGAUUAGGACAGGGAGAACAAAUCAAUCGUGAUAACUGAAGGGGCAGGUAUUCUCUUUUCAGCAUUAAAAAACCAAGAUAGCAUGAGAAUAGAUUGAAAAGAUGACUGUCAGGAUUAAAGAUAUAAAGCUCUGUGUGUGUGUGUGUGUGUGUGUGUGUGUGUGUGUGUGUGUGUGUGUGUGUUUGUGUGUGUGUGUGUGUGUGUGUGAGCACGCCACCUGUGUGUAUUUAAGCAUCUGUGUGUAUAGGCAUGUGUGUACCAGAAGGAGACAGAAAGAGAUUUGUAUAGAUGAUCAUUGUUGAUGUAAUAAAAAUCUUUUACUGUCAGCAUUUUUGGUCACAACCAACUGUUCUGGGAAGAAAUCUGGGUGCACAGAAAAAGUGGUAAAGGUCUGUUUAAGCCCUAACCCCCCCC